AUGUCGACCCGCGACUUGCUCUACGGCGGCGACUCCGAGUCGGACGACGACAACUUCAACCCAGCGCCGGCCGACAUGUCUGACGAGGAGGGCGACGACGACGGCGACGUUGAGCCCAAGGCUGGCAGCUCCAGCCCGGCACCACGCCACGGAUCCUCGUCACGGCGCGCGGUGGAUGACGACGACGAAGACGAAGAGGACAGUAAUGUGCGGCGACGCCGCCGGCAGGACGACGACGAUGAUGAAGAAAACGAUGGAAACAGCGUCAAAGCAGACGGCGACGACGCCAAGGCAGACCCUGGUGCACGGCGGCGAUCCGUCGACGACAACGACAACGACGACGACGACGACGAGGACGAAGGCGCGGACAUGAGAGAAAAGAAGCGGAGUCGCAACGACGACGACGACGACGAGGAGGAUGACGAGGUGGAUGAGGAAGAGGACGAGGAAGACGAAGACGAAGACGAGGACGACGAGGACGAUGUCCAGUCAUCGAGGCACCGCCGCAAGCGUCAUAAGCGCGACAGCCGGGCCGCCUUCUUCGAUAUCGAAGCCGAGGUCGACGACGAGGACGAGGGCGAGGACGACGAAAAGGAGGGCGAAGAGAUAGGAGACUUCAUCGACAAUGCCCACCCCGACGACGUCGAGGAGCGCGGCCGCAUGAACGACGACCGCCGCCACCGCGAGCUCGACCGCCGCCGCGAGCUCGAGCAGAGCCUGGACGCCGAGAAGCAGGCCGAGAUCCUGCGCCAGCGCUACGGCAACCGCCGCCCGGCCAAGGGCCUGGGCGACUCUGCCGUCGUGCCGCGCCGCCUGCUCCUGCCGAGCGUCGAAGACCCGAGCAUCUGGGCCGUGCGGUGCAAGGAAGGCAAGGAGCGCGAGGUGGUCUUCUCCAUCAUGAAGCGCAUCGAGGAGCGCCUCGGCACCAAGGACGAGCUGGGCAUCACGGCGGCGUUUGAGCGCGGCGGCGCGCAGUCCGUCAUGAAGGGCUACAUUUACGUGGAAGCCCUGCGCCAGACGGACAUUAUGACGGCGCUCGACGGCAUGCUCAACGUGUACCCGCGCAACAACCUGAUCCUGGUCGAGAUCAAGGACAUGCCCGACCUGUUCCGCGUGACCAAGACGCCGACGCUCGAGCCCGGCGCGUGGGUGCGUCUGCGGCGGCCGCUCAAGUACUCGGGCGACCUGGCGCAGGUGCUCGACGUCACCGAGAACGGCCUCGAGGCGCGCGUGCGCUUCAUUCCGCGCCUCGACUACGGCGUGCGCGACGAGCAGCUGGCGGCGGUCAAGGGCGCCAACGGCGGUAAGGCGGCGCGGCGGCCCCCCGGCGUGCCCGGCCCGCGCCCGCCGCAGCGGCUAUUCAGCGAAGUCGAGGCGCGCAAGCGCGGGCCCAAGAACAUCAUGGCGCACGCGCAGCCCAACACGUGGACGUACAACGGCGACUACUUUGAGAACGGCUUCCUGACCAAGGACGUCAAGCUCCAGAUGCUGGUCGUCAAGGACGUCAACCCGACGCUCGAGGAGGUGACCAAGUUUGCGCUGGGCGCCGAGGACGGCACCGAGAACCUGGACCUCAAGGCGCUCGCCGCCAGUCUCAAGGACAGCAACGCCAACGUGACGUACGUGCCGGGCGACGUCGUCGAGGUCUACGAGGGCGAGCAAAAGGGCGUCAUCGGCCGCGCCGCCAACAUUGUGGGCGACAUUGUCACGAUUGACGUGACGGACGGCGAGCUGCGCGGCACGACGAUCGAGGCGCCGACCAAGGGCCUGCGCAAGCGGUUCCGCGCGGGCGACCACGUCAAGGUCAUUGGCGGGCGCUUCCGCGACGACGUCGGCAUGGUGGUCAAGAUUGACGAGGACCGCGUCACGCUGCUGACGGACCAGAGCAACACGGAAAUCACCGUCUUCAGCAAGGACCUGCGCGAGGCCAGCGACACGGGCGGCCAGGGCGCGCUGGGCCAGUACUCGCUGCUGGACCUCGUGCAGCUGGACCUGUCGACGGUCGGCUGCAUCAUCAAGAUCGACCGGGAGUCGCUGGUGGCGCUCGACCAGAACGGCGACAAGCGCACGAUUAUGCCGUCGCAGAUUAGCAACUUGCUGCCAAAGAACAAGAUGGCGGUGGCGGCGGACCGCAACGGCUCCGAGAUCCGCCUCGACGAUGUCGUCAAGGAGUACGGCGGCAUGCAGCGCCAGGGCAAGAUCAUCCACAUCCACCGCUCGUACCUGUUUAUGCACAGCAACUCGACCACGGAAGAUGCCGGCGUGUUUGUCGCGCGCGCCAGCAAUGUCAGCACGGUCGCGGCCAAGGGCGGCCGUGUGAGCGCGACGGCCGGCGGGCCCGACCUGAGCACGAUGAACCCGGCGAUGAAGCGCAACGGCCAGGGCGGCCCCGGCAGCAUGCAGGCGCCGCAGCGCGUCAUGGGCCGUGACCGUGCGCUCGGCCAGACCGUGACGAUCCGCCGCGGCGGCUACAAGGGCCUGCUGGGCAUCGUCAAGGACACGACAGACCUGCACGCGCGCGUGGAGCUGCACACCAAGAGCAAGAUCGUGACGGUGCCCAAGGCCGACCUGAUUUUCAAGGACAAGUUGACGGGCCGUGCCAUUGAUAUCAACAGCCGCGGUGGCCGGGGCGGUGCUGCGGGCGGCUUCGGUCGCGGCGGCAGCAGCAGCAGAAACGGCUUGCCUGCACCGGCAUGGGAGAGCGGCGGACGUACACCGGCGGCUGGCGGUCUCGGCGACCGGACGCCGGCCUGGGGCAUGGCCAAGGCUAACAUGACGACAGCUUCUUCACACACACCGGCAUGGAACCGCAACGACGCGGCUGGUGCGCGCACACCCGCCUGGGCCGCCGACGGUUCGCGGACGGUCAACCCGUACGACGGCAGCCGGACAGCCUACGGCUCAGGCUCGCGCACACCUGCCUGGAACUCGGGUGCGAAGACGCCGGCGUAUGACGGCUUCGGCCAUGGUUCCAAGACACCUGCGUGGGGCGGCAGCGGCAGCGGGGGCGGCAGCAGCAGCGACGCAUGGGGCUCGGGCUCCAAGACGCCGGCCUACGGUGUGUCCGCACCCACGCCCGGCGCGAGCGGCAACGACUCCUGGGGCUACACCCCUGGUGCCAGCGGGUCCGCCGGCGCGGGAUACGAUGCGCCGACGCCUGGUGCCGGUUUGAGUGCGCCGACACCCGGGGCGCUCAACGCGCCGACGCCCGGUGCCUACAGUGCGCCUACGCCGGGUGCGGCUCUCAGUGCACCGACGCCUGGCGGCGGCUGGGCGGGCGGCUGGGGUGCAGACUCGGCGCCCACACCCGCGGCGGGUGCGCCGACGCCCGCUGCUGGGGGCGGCUACUACGGUGCGCCAACGCCGGCCGCAUAUGGCGGCGCGCCCGAGACGCCGGCUGCAAGCGGCCCGCGGUACGCCGACGACGACUAG